AGAAAGACCUGAGGCUCUGUGUGUUUUGGACUUUGAACAAGACCCAGUGGCCAAUAAGUGGUGGAAUCCAGGCCCUGCCACUCAACAGGAUUCCAGAAAAUUUGGGGGCUGCAGACUUAUGAGAAUAUCUUAAUUGAGUGAACACUUCUCAACAGCAAGCGAAUUUUCUUUGUAUUUAAAGAAGCAAACAAUGUCCCGGUGUCUGUAGAGAUGAUUUGCGGUUCAGCCCAGCUGAAGCUGACCGAAUGAGACUAUGGGCUGUGCCUCGGCCAAGCAUGUUGCCACUGUUCAAAAUGAAGAGGAAGCCCAGAAAGGGAAAAACUACCAGAACGGAGAUGUGUUUGGUGAUGAGUAUAGGAUCAAACCAGUGGAAGAGGUCAAAUACAUGAAAAAUGGGGCCGAAGAAGAGCAGAAAAUAGCAGCCAGGAACCAAGAAAACUUGGAAAAAAGUGCCAGCUCAAAUGUAAGGCUUAAAACUAAUAAAGAGAUUCCUGGAUUAGUUCAUCAACCCAGAGCAAACAUGCACAUCUCUGAAAGCCAACAAGAAUUCUUCAGAAUGCUGGAUGAAAAAAUUGAAAAGGGUCGGGAUUACUGUUCGGAAGAAGAGGAUAUCACAUAGCACCAAUUCUAUCACUCAGACCAGGAGCUACUACUGUGUAAAUAGGUUACACCCCAGUUGAAAUCUUUGCAAAGGUCGGUUUUCUUCAAUGAACAGCACUAUAGCAAGAGAAGAUCGUUCCAUAUCGUAUGCCCCAUUAAAUUACAGUGUUUCUUAAUGAACUUGCAAAGGACUAUUGCUAAAACAAACAAAAAAAACUGUUAUUGAACUUUCUUUGUUGCUGCUAGUUAAAACUUGUUGCAACUUUUCACUUCUCUUGUGUCCAGGUAUGCAGCCAAAUUCUCCAAUUUCACCUUAAAGAUACUAUUGGUUUUACAGAUGCUCUUCAACCUAUUUUCUAUAAGAUGAAGUAGUGGUGGACUCAGAUAUCAAACUUCUAUUCUAGACCAGUUCUGCUUCUAAGACAAGAAUUUCUUUCCCUCUCUUUCCUCCAUAUCUCUCCCAAGCGGUCCAGAGACAGCCCAGGCCUUGUUUGUCGCUGGCAUUUUUGAGCUGUGGAAAGGGGAUGGUGGUUUUGGCCGGCCUUGUUUCUGUGCUCUGAAGAAGUAGGGGAGCUAUUGUCAAUUGAAAGCCUGGCGUGACUUGACUCCUGGAAGUGACACAGGAGCAAGCAGAGUUGGUCCCAUCUAAUAGGUACCUUAAUAAGGAUUAAGCUUGCAACAUUGGCUUUGCUCAGACGCAGAUGGAAGUGUGAUUGCAAUCAUUUUGAAUCUCUCUUCCUCACUUUUUUUUCUAAGAAAUAAACAUUUUACUGUUUUUAUGUAUCGUUGUCUUCUCCCAUUCAUCCAGCUCAGUGUUUUAAGGUGAUCUUGGAUUUAGAAGUUGAGCCCUUCUUGGCAGUAACACUGAUGAGUGGCCUAAGUGGCUCCCACCCUUCCCUUAGUAAUCUCCCAAGGCUCAGAAGGGCUGCAAAUGGUCAGAAGAGAUGAGGGAGUACCCUGUGACUUUUUAGGAGGAUCUGAAGCCACGAAGUCUUUCAUUUUAUGAGAAAAUAAAGCAUCCUGUUUUAUGAUUCUCUCCCUGCACUAUGCUACAUGAGCCUUGCCACUUCCUCCUCGUCUUACUUCCAGCACUGGAUAGUGCAGUGAAAAGCAUUUGCCUACCCAAAACGCUUGGGACAUUUACGCUGGCGAUGAUAUUUGGAGUUGUGAAAGCCAAAAGCCCCUGGCAGUGGUGGGGAAUGUUGACUGUGUGUUCAGUAGAGUUUAUUUUUCCAUACUAUAUGAAGAGAAUGAUCUCUUCUCAAAGACAGAAGUAAUAUUUUUAACAAAUAUUGUCUCGCAAGUAAAUAGCAAUCAAAAGGAGAAAAUAACUUUUGUAUUUUUUUAACGUGUUUGAUAGCUUUGCUGAGGGUUCUUUUUGUUACUUCGGGGGAAGGCACCCUAUUAAAUGCCAUGCCAGCAGUCCAGGUUUGAGUUUGUCCCACAGAAAUACAGAAGGAGCCUGGCGUGUUUCUUUUUGGGUUGUGAACUUCAGGGGCCUCCAUAUCAGCCACACUACCAACUUUCAGAGGUGGAUAGUUAAGAAGGUGGGUGAUUAAGAUGUUGAGGGGGGAGGUUCUCAAGAGAUCACCUGCCACAAAAUGGAAUAAGGACCUAAAUUUUCUCUUGCUGAAAUGAGCCUUGACUUUUAAAUCCAUCCACAAAAUUGGUGGCACCAUUGACAUGCUAAUCAUGAGAUUCCUUAUCUCCUGUCAGACCUGGGGCAGCAAAAUUGAGAGGAAGGAGCUCAGUCAAGUGCUAUAGAAAAUGGACUCCACUUUGUUAGCAACAAAAUCCCUUAAUUCUUGCAGCCAGAAGAAUCUAUUUUGGGGAGCAGCUGUGGUUGUUACAUAAAUAGAGAUGCAGCCAAAAUGUAAGACUUUUAUCCUGCUUCAUUCAGGCGGAAAAAUGCAGGGAGAGUCGAGUAGUCUAGGGUUUUAAGUUCCCUUCCCCUUGUAUGGUUUAGGCCAAGUGAUGAAAAUAGUUUUCCUCGACUGUAAACGAACGGCGAAGCCCCACCUCAAACUUGUUCACUGGGGACUUUGUUCACUGCUAUGUGGAUGACCUUUUCCAGGAUCUCCUGUUCUUAUCAAGCCAGAAUGAAGCAAAUGUUAACGUCUUCCAUUUGAUUACUUGGUGUCUCAGACAGUGUCUUCCCAGGCAUUUUCCAUCCUCUACCCGGAGAUGAAACAUGCUCACAUCAUUUCCUCACAGUCACAUCUAACAUUCGGACAUGUCACACAUGUACACGGAACCAAGUGUUUCUUGGGACCUGACUUUUGAGUGUUUAAUAAAACCAUAAGAGUUAUUCCCACAAACCAGCAGCCUUUCAUCUGGAGUUCUGUCUCCUGUGUUUAACACUGUAUACAUCCUUGCUGUGCAAAAGUGAUUUCUUCUUCAGACACAUUUCUAGAAGCAGGUCUGAGAAAUGGGGUGAUUGAGUGGGUUGGCAUGAAGUGGUUGAUUAUAUUAACAACACUCAAAGCUGUCUGUUUCCCAUUCGGUGGUUUUAACCAUAAAGUUGUCAAGUGACUUUUGUUUGUACUUAUUUUAAAAAUACCUUCUGAAAGGAUCUAGGGCAAAAAUAUCUUCCCCUUUUCUCAUUCCAUGUAUCCAAAUAUUAUGCAGAUUGUCUCAGGUGCAGAUUGUCUCAGAUCCUGGUGUAUUCUUCUAGUUGUCAUCUCUGCAGGACAUGGUUGGAAGGAGGAAAGGAAGGCAAUAGCCUGGUGAAUGGAGGAAGAAAAAUGAUGAGAAACAGACUUAAGAAGCCGUCAGCAGAAAGGGUUGCUAUGCUGACUGUGUGCCAGGGUGAUUGGAAAUCCAGCUGCCUGGUGGCCAGUGGGUGGGGCUGAGCUGCCAUCAAGAUUUACAGCUAGAUUACAUAUGCCUUAUGUACUUUUAGUGGUAGAGUUGUAAAAGUUCAGCGGUCUGUGCACAGCUUUCUUUUGGUUGGCAGAGAUUCAGGAUCAUGGAGUUCUGCCCUCACAAUGCAAUACGUGUUCCUCACUGGCAGACAACCUUAAAAGAGGCUUUCACCUUCAAGAUUCCUCCUAGCCCCAGGCUUAUGCAGUGAGCGUAGAGUGGUGCUAUGGUCUAUUUAAGGACCAGGAAGGUACAAAGUCCAGUGACUGAAAAUUAGGUCAGCCCUCAGAAACAGUGAAUACACACAGUGUCUGGGUAGGUGGCAGCUCUCUCCCUGUCUGUCAUGCCUGUGAUCUGCAACUGGCCUUAGAUGAUUCAAAUAUGAAAUGAUCUGACCCCAAAGUGGCCUUGGUUCUUAAGCCCUCUGCCCUAGCACCCACCUGCUCCCUAGUAUCAAGUGAGAAAGCACCUCUGUGUCACAGACACACCAGGCAUCAGAAGUGACCAGGCCAGCAAGCUGACAGUCCUAGCAGCAGGCCCAGGAAUGACGGAACCCACUUUGUGGUCCCAGUUGAUGUCAUCCAACUUUGAGUUAUAACUCUGUCUUCCUCCCAACUUCAUCACACUUUUUUUUUAAUUAAGGCAGGACUCUCCUGUAAGCCUGCUAAAAGCAAAAAUUAUACCUCUUAUGAAUUUUACCUCAGUAGCCUGUGAUGUAGGUUGGCCUAUUGAUUAUAAGUCCUGCUUACCCAUUGGACAAGAAUUUAAAAGUGUUCCGUGUCUAUUAGUCUUAAGAAAUUUGGUUAAAUGUGUUGGUUUUAUAGGAAGAAAAAUUGAUUCUUAAUCCAGGAAAAUACUGACUCAGAAUCUUGGACUCUGGGACUCUAAUAUUUUCUUUAUGAAGAGCAAAACAACUGGUAUCUAAGGUUCUCUAGCCCUCCCUCAAAAAGUAGAAAAAAGUAUUAGAUUGUGCUCUGUAAUUUUACAUAAAACCUACUUGCCAUGCUUUUCCUCCAGAAGGCAUUCUCAGAGCUUUAUUUCUUUGUACCUCUUAGAAAUUGGUCUUUUUGUUGAGUUGCUUAAAACCCCAAUAGAAAAAAAAAGCACAUGGUUGGUGAAUAGGGAAUAUAUAUUUAAAGGCAUAAUGAAAAGGUGGCUUGAAGCAGGAACUUUGGCUUCCCGAUGUCACGGGUGGAUUACUGGACUCCAGUGUGCCUAUAUAAAGCUGGAUAAGGCGAUUGGCUUUCACACUGCAAAUACCCCUGCAAUAAAUCUUCUGGAAUUUCAUGAACAAGGUCUGUGAAUUGCCUUCUGCCAAUGAACGGAUGUGUUUUUCCAAGGGGGGAAAAUGUCUUUGAUUUCAGCAGUCACUUUUUUAUAUGUCUCUGGAAAAGGGUCACAAAAGCUAUGGUACAAAAUGAGAUUUGUGGGUGAAUAUAUUUACCUUUGUGACAACAUUGGGACUUAAUAGUGAUGCCGUGGUUUUCAGGAGACUCAUUCUUUACCUGAGAUCAAGUCUAAUCUUGGAAGUAACAGGAGUAAAGAACUGAUGUUUAUUAUUUGUACUCUGUGCCCGCUACUGUCCAAGGCAUUUUAUAAUUGUUUCAUCUAAUUCUACAGUAGAUCUGCAAAGUGAAUUAUUACCCCUGUGUUCUAAAUAGUGUAUAUCUUAAAUGUUGAAUGCAUCUAUCCAACAAAAAUGUCCAUGUGGAAAGAAGGAAAGAUGCCAUUCACGUAUUUUCUAAAUUUUUAUCUGAUCAUUAUCAUCACCAUCAUCAUCAUCAUUAUUGCCAUGCCCCUUGCAACACUGUGAAAACACCCUCUGGGGCAACUACCAGGUUCUCUCCUUGGCUCCUCUUCAUUUUACAUGGAGAGAGUUUUAACUGAUGAGCUGCACACAAACCAAAAGAGGCUGCAGGAGGACUUCAGCACUCAGAGGGAAAAGGUUUGGGGAAUUCAAGCACCUGGGUCCCCCACCCUCGAGGCUUUCAUUCUGGGGAAAGGAACCUGGUACUUCUGCAGUAGAACACAGGAUCAGGCCACUGAUGGCUGUGAUUUCUUGCCUGUGUUCUCAAGGCUUGUGGUUUUGGCACAGGCUGGCUACAUCUUUGUAAGGUUAGAAGCCUCCACCUGAAGCAAGGCUGAGAGAAUCUGAUCUCUGGAAGUGGAGGGCAGACAAUACCUAGCCCUUUAACCUCUAUUGAAAUCCUUUCUUGUGGGCUAGAAUUGGAUAUUUUAUUUUGAUAAUUGGACUAAAUAUCUAUAUUUUCCUGGCUCAUUUUUGAGCACCAAAACUAAGUAGGAAUCUCUUCAAGACCUUAAAAUUUUUUGGAUAGUCAUGCAGUGACUUCACUAGUCGUUUGAAUAACUUGAUCCAAGAUAGGAAGAUCUCAGAAACUCCCCACAGUUUCUGUGCUUGCUUCUAAAGGCACAUUGUGUGGAGAGGGGAAAAAAAAGAUUCCUAUUUCCAUAGCAACUGUUUAAGGCACUGCCUGGAAGGGACCUACAUCCACCCUAAUUUACUCAGCUUGAAAGAAUAAAAAAUAUUGAAUAGAGGGGGUAAUAUGUUCAGUUUCCCUAUGAAAUCUGUUCGUGAGAUCAUGAAUAUUUCUAACCUGGCAGCUUCCAAACUCCUUGAAGAUAAUGUGGGAAAUGGCUCUUACCUCUUGGAAGCCAGAAAAAUUACUCUAAUUCAGGAAGACCUGCCCCAACUUGAAGGUCCCAGUCAGGUAUUAUCUAUCUUCUGCGCCCUGAAUUCACUCUUCUCCCCUUCCCAGGGGUUAUUUUUAGACCAAGGUCUGGGACUCCAUUAAGUUUUAGUGUACCAAGAACACCAUUUACUCAGCCAGAAUGCCUUAAGUGCCCCAGGAUUAAAAAUAGCUUUAGAACCUUGGGGAGCCAUUUGGCCCAGACCCAGAAGUAAGACAACAGCCCUGGUGUCCAGGCAUUUUAGUCUGGCCUUCAGGGAAUCUACUCUCUUGACAAGCAAGUGAGCAAGGGAAGUUUGGCAAAAGAUUUCAAGCCAGAUUUUCCAUUCAAAGCAAGAUGUAAACUCAUAAAAAUUACUGUAUUCAUGAACCAGGGAGCUGAAUUAUUAGAACUUCAAAUUUGCAUCCAUUUUCAACACACACACACACACACACACACAUAAUGAAUGGAUAAAGAGAAUCUAAAUACUUUAUCAUCAGCAGACUUGAAGAAAGGGUUACGUUUUGCCUUUCUGAAAACUCCAAAAUAAUGUCCAGGAAAGUAUCAGUAUAACUAUAAUAAUACCACAAAAGGAAAAACUAGUGAUUGCUCUUGCAAAAGUUUGAGUUCGACACAUGUGGGAGCAUUGAGGUCUGCUGUUCUUGCCAGCACAAGGCCUUCUGUGCCAAAUGUUUCCAUUUGUUUGACUCCUUUGGGACUCUUGCUGGGUAUUGUGGCUCAUGUCCUUUUUCAGCCUACAAUGCAUAAAGGACACAUCCCUGAGGGUGCAUGCCAGGUCCAGCCACAUACAGCCAUGGUGUUGGUCACACCUUCCCCCACUCAUCCAUGUGGCCCAGACCGGCAUUUCAGCAGCUCCCCUGGGAUACCUUAACACCAGUGUGUGGAGCUGGGGUCCUUUCAUCUAGGUUGUCCCAGGUGUAGCAUUUUUAGCAUCACCCUUCCCAGUCUUGAGUACUCAUUCAAACAGUAGACCAUUUGUGGACACCUGGUACACUUCAGGCACUGGGCUCAUCAUCAGCAAUACACAGGUGAACCAAACAUAGCUCCCACCUUCAUUAGGGGCCUACCAGUAGUGGGGAGACAGCCUGGAAGGGCCAGUGUAGGGAAGUGCCCUGGUGCUAUGGUGGGAGCAUUUUGCAGAGGCAGCCAGCCCAGCUUUGGGGAUCAGAGGCCUCCAGAAAGCAGCGCCAUCAAAGCCCACCUUUGUCAGAGAACCGAAAGAGCAUUGUAGAGGGACAGCAGGAAUCAUGCGCACUGCCCAGGGCCGACAUGCAGAGAAGGGGCUGGAGCUCAGAGAUGAAAAGGAAGGAGAGGAGAGCAAGGGGCAAGGACGGGGCAGUGAGCUGAGGCAGCCACAGAGGCUCUGGGGUUUGGCUGUGCAUUCAGGGAGCACAAAAAAGACUUGAGGUGCUGCUCUGCCCUGUGCAGCCCAUGGCAUGGGUCCCUGGGACCUAUGUGUAGUCACCCUCAGGGCCGGGCUGCCCUGCUCUCUGGGAAUGCUGAGAUGAUUGAUUUCUGUCUUCUGUCCCUCCCCACACCAGCUCCUCUUCCUUUCUCCAAAGCUGUUUGAGUUCAAAGGCUUUAGCCUGGACUGGAUGUGGUUCAGAGUCAGAUGGAGGACAGCUCUGGGUCAUCCUGACCUGACUUUAGAGACCUGAUACCUAAAAAUGCCUCCUGGGGCCCAGUUGGCCUGUACCCAGAGGUGCGAGUGUACCCUAAAGUAAAUACACAGGAAGCAGCAGAGGGCUUCUGAUGCUAACCAGAGGCAGCUGCCCUCGAACUCCCCUCCCCUGGGGGAGGUGGCAUGCACCUGUUGUACACCUGAGUCCGGCCGAGGAAAGCAGACAGUUAAAAAUCUUAAAA